AUGGGUCCGGAGCUUCCAGUCCUCUUCCCAGGGGCAUUUAGCGUCGGCUGGUUAUUUGAAAAACGGACCAUCCCUCUCUCAGACCGCACCUCCUUCCCUCCCUACCUCCCUCCUGGCAGGUUGAUGGUGCAGAGUGUGUCGGCUCACUGCAAGAGGUCGGGAGAUGGAGCCAAGUCCUUCAUCGUUCUGCUGGCUGCCAUGCUGCGGGGAGUCAGGGCUGAGAACAGAGGCCAGGGACCUGCCUGCCGACGCUGGCUGGCCAAGGGGCUGGCCCGACUGGAGCAGGAGGUGCUAGGGCCGGUGAUGGGGAGGCAGCUGGCCCCGCACUGCGUCCAGGCCCUCAGUUCCUGUGACGGGCGCCUGCAGCUGAGGGCUGGGCCCGUCGCCCGGGUGCUCGAGGCCUACUUUGCAGGUAAGGUAGGCCCGACCCACACCCUCCUCCUCACACAACUGGCCUGGGACUACCUGGGGCAGUUGGGAGGGGGGCAAGAAGAGCGGGGCCUGCGGCUGGAGGCUGACUGCUUCCCGGGCCUGCUGGUCACCGUGCCCGGCCUACCCGUAGGCAGCAGCCGGGUGCUGGCGGGGCUGCCCCUGAGCCGAGGCCUCGCUCUGCCCUGCGGCCAGGCGCAGGGCCCAACCCUGGCGGUGGUGGUGGGGACCAGCCUGCUGCCCCCUCUGAGCCAGGCCGGGUCCACCCUGAGGCCGGAGGGGCUGGAGGGGCUAUCCAAGGCCCGGAGCUGGGCCCAGGCCCGGCUGGAGGAGACGCUCAGCCAGCUGCAGGCCCUAGGAGUGGGGCUGCUGCUGUCAGGGCCAAGGCAGCCGGACUGCGUCCUGGAGCAGGCCUGGAACCACGGCCUGUCGGUGGUGCACUGCCUCCCAGACCAGGAGCUGGCCUUGCUCAGGAGGCUGAGUGGAGCGGAGGCGCACCACUGCCUGACAGGGCUCCGGCCAGUGGACAUGCUACCGGCCAGCUUCAUCAGGCCUAACCCCCUGGUCCCCCAUAGUCAGCUCCUGCUAGGGUUCCCCGGUCUCCAGGGCUGCCAGCUUCACUGCCUGCUAGUGUGUGCUCCCACCCUCGGGCUGGCUCAACAGCUCCGAGACGCUCUCCACGGGGCCUUCACACUGCUCAGGCUCCUACUGCCUGGAACAGCAACUCUGCAGGAAGGCUGCGAGGGACAGGGGACUGGGGAAUGGGAGAGAGAGGGUGAGGGACAGGGGACCGAGGAACUGGGGAGAGAGAGUGGGAGGGAGAGGCGGGGGACUCGGGGGUUUGGAAGUCAGGGACAGGGAACCGGGGACCAGGAGGGACAGAGCGACAGCCAGUGCACUGGGGAGUGUGAGAUAGCGAGUGAGAGACAGGGAAGUGGGCAGUGGGGAAAGGAGAGACAGAUGACUGGGCACCUGAUGAAAGACAGUAAGGGGAAUGAGACAGGUGAGCUGGGAGCUGACAAACAGGGAACAGCAGAGCUGCUCAGAACGGAGGAGGAAACAAAGUGUACACAGGCAACUGGUGAAGGGCAGCGCUGUCCAGCAGGAGGGCCAGGAACUGGGCAGAGUGCCUGUCAACUACCAGCUGGGAGUGUCCUCCGUACAGGGGGUACCUUUGAGUUGCUUGUACACCACUACCUCCAGCGUGUGUCUGGCAGUCUGCUACAGCUCAACACCAGGCUGGCAUGCAGGAUUGUACUGGACGCAUUGCUGAGUAUCCCCAGGCACCUGCAGCCCUGGGUAGACCGGGGAAGGGGCUGUCUCCAGGCUCAAGCCCACCUAGCAGCGAGUCUUCGGGGGCACACAAUACCACCGGAGGCAGAGGGACCCCUGGAAGUGGUGGUCGCAAAACAGCACCUCCUGAUCUCUGUCCUCCGGUGCCUGAGGAACCUACUCACCAUCGACGCCAUCAUCCCCGUCCAUGGCAAACUCAGGCAAAAUCACCGCGGAGACCGUGAGGACUCAGACUGAAACACAAUCUGAGCUGGUACCAGGGGAACUGGUCACUGUCUGUCCCCGGUGGGGGGGAGAGCCGGUCAGUGUCAGCUGUCUG